AUGUCGGCGCCGUUGGCUAAACAUCAGUCCCUAUUUGCCCCGGCCGCUUCUGAUAUGCUCGCGUACUCUUCUGCUCGCAUGCCUAACGGACAUCCGCGAGCUGGACAUCACUUUCUCACUUUCUUCGUCGCUGCGAGACCCGAGCCGUUGCAGUCCGGACACCACUCUGUCUCCUCUCGCCAUCGUCGGCAUUGUGUUAUGGCCAUGUGCGUGUGCUCUCCUCUCUCCACACGUCUCCACAAUUUGUAUGGCCUCUCGAUAUCUCUUCUCUCUUUUUCUCUUUCGCCUUCUUCAGUCGCUCUGUUCUGCGGCAUAGACGGUCCCCCUUUCCGGGCUUCCUCCCCUGCUUUCACUGGCUCCCUCCUCUCUCUCGUCUCGUCCCCCUUUCGAUUUGAAUUCAAAAUUUUUAGCGCGCGCAAGCAGGGGCACCUACGCAGGCACCCCUCCCACUUGGCACGAAUCCAAUGCUGCGUCUCUUGUUUUUGCUUAUGUCAGGUGGAAGAGGGUCCAUGGUUCUCGCACGGAAAAGUCUGCGUGGGUGCCCUUUCUCGUCCCCCUCUCUCUGCUCGCCUCAUUACUACUUCAAAUUGGGCCUAAUUCUUCAUUUUGCGCGCAUUUUUCUCCUAAAUGUCGACGUUUCUUCUUCCUAUGUUGUGCAGUAUUAAAUAAUUUUCAGGUAUACUUUGCUCAACAACAACCUAUCGGGUUCAUAAUGGAAACUUCCGAGCUGGUCAAGGAGAAGCCCGACAUCGGUGCCGUGCCGAUCCUUACCGUGGAAACCGAGAAGAAUGACAGCGGAAGUAAGUUAUUUUGCUAACGUUUUUUUUCUAGUUCACACCACUUACAGAAAACCCGGCCAAGGUAGGCGUCGCGACUCCAGAAGCUCAGAAAACCGAUGGAAAAGAGGAUCCGGAGGAGCUUCUCUCGGAGAAGGAGGUGGCCGAGGAGCUUCUCGCGAAGAAGGAAAAAGCCGAUGAGGAUCCGAAGGAGCUUCUGAAGGAGAAGCAGGAGGCCGAUGAGGAUCCGAAGGAGCUUUUAAAGGAGAAGCAGGAGGCCGAUAAGGAUCCGAAGGAGCUUCUGAAGGAGAAGCAGGAGGCCGAUGAGGAUCCGAAGGAGCUUCUGAAGCAGAAGCAGGAGGCCGAUGAGGAUCCGAAGGAGCUUCUGAAGCAGAAGCAGGAGGCCGAUGAGGAUCCGAAGGAGCUUCUGAAGGAGAAGCAGGAGGCCGAUGAGGAUCCGAAGGAGCGUCUGAAGAAGAAGCAGGAGGCCGAUGAGGAUCCGAAGGAGCUGUUGAAGGAGAAGCAGGAGGCCAAGGAGGAUCCGAAGGAGCGUUUGGAAGAGAAGAAGGUCGAGGCCGAAACGGACGAGCUCGAGCCGGUUGCCAAGAAGGCAAAGAAGGAGGAGGGUAAGUGAGGGAGAAAAGGGGGCAAUAGGGCCCAUUGCGAGCAAGAGGGAGAGGGAGAGGCAACUAAUUGAUUGCAUUGCAGCUAAGAACGGCGACGGUCUCAUCACCAUCUCCGACGAAAGUUACGACGACGACGACGACGACGAGAAUUCGGACGCCGGCACGAUCGUGAUCUCCGACGGAAGCGGCGACGAAGCCUCCAACGACAAGGACGAAGAGGAGGACAACAAAGAGUCCGAGGCCAAGGAGGACGAGGACGUGGAGGAGCAGCAGAAGAAGAACUAG